AUGAGUGUGACGGAUGGAGGAGAUGGUAUGAGUCUGACGGAUGGAGGAUACGUUAUGAGUGUGACGGAUGGAGGGGAUGGUAUGAGUGCGACGGAUGGAGGAGAUGGUAGAAGUGUGACGGAUGGAGGAGACGGUAUGAGUGUGACGGUAGGUGGAGACGGUAUGAGUGUGACGGAUGGAGGAGAAAGUGUGAGUGUGACGGAUGAAGGAGAUAGUGUGAGUGUGAGGGAUGGAGGAGACGGUAUGAGUGUGACGGAUGGAGGAGAUAGUGUGAGUGUGAGGGAUGGAGGAGAUUGUGUGAGUGUGACGGAUGAUAAAGGUGGUAUGAGUGUGACGGAUGGAGGAGAUAGUGUGGGUGUGACGGGUGGAGGAGACGGUAUGAUUGUGACGGAUGGAGGAGAUAGUGUGGGUGUGACGGAUGAAGGAGACGGUAUGAUUUUGACGGUUGGUGGAGACGGUGUGAGUGUGACGGAUGGAGGAGACGGUAUGAGUGUGACGGAUGGAGGACAUGGUAUGAGUCUGACGGAUGAAGAAGGUGGUAUAUGA